GUUGCUUCCAGGGUGCUCAGCACUUGGGAAUAUAAAGCCACUAACCCAUCUAACAGGCAAGAAGAUUGGGAAUACAUCAUCGGGUUCUGUGACCAGAUCAACAAAGAACUUGAAGGGCCACAGAUAGCCGUGAGACUUCUGGCUCAUAAAAUCCAGUCGCCACAGGAAUGGGAGGCGGUCCAGGCCUUGACAGUGCUGGAGGCUUGUAUGAAGAAUUGUGGGAGAAGAUUUCAUAAUGAAGUGGGGAAGUUUCGCUUUUUAAACGAGUUAAUAAAAGUUGUGUCUCCAAAGUACCUGGGAGACCGAGUCUCAGAGAAGGUGAAGACCAAAGUCAUUGAGUUGCUGUACAGUUGGACAGUGGCAUUACCAGAAGAAUCCAAAAUCAAGGAUGCCUACUACAUGCUGAAGCGACAAGGGAUUGUUAUGUUUGAUCCUGUGAUUCCUGCAGACAAAACUCUGAUUCCUUCUCCUCCACCUCGUCCCAAAAACCCUGUGUUUGAUGAUGAGGAGAAAUCCAAGCUUCUAGCCAAGCUGCUGAAAAGCAAAAACCCAGAUGAUUUACAAGAGGCCAACAAGCUUAUAAAAUCCAUGGUAAAAGAGGACGAGGCUCGGAUUCAAAAAGUGACAAAACGCAUGCACACACUGGAGGAAGUGAAUAACAACGUGAAGCUGCUGAAUGAGAUGUUGGUUCAUUACAGCAAAGAGGACUCGUCAGAGGCUGAUAGGGAGCUCAUGAAGGAGCUCUAUGAAAGGUGUGAAACGAAAAGACGGACGUUAUUCAAGCUGGCCAGUGAGACUGAGGAUAAUGACAGCAGUUUGGGGGAUAUUCUGCAGGCCAGUGACAAUUUAUCCCGUGUGAUAAAUUCCUAUAAAAAAAUAAUAGAGGGACAAGUGAUCAAUGGUGAAGUGGAUCUCCCUGCGAUGUCUGUAGUGGAAGGGAGUAACUCCACAAGUAACCUCAACACCCUCAUUGACCUCGCUGGAUUGGACGUCACCAGCACCCCACCACCUCCAGUGCCACCCGCCACCCUGACGCCAGCCCCCACAGUAGCCCCAGCCCCAGCAGAAAUCCCCAUUCUCCCGCCUCCUCCCCAGUCAUUUGCACAGUUGCGGAGCAGUUCCUCUAGCCAAGUGGAAGCCGCACCUGCUCAGCAGAGCAGCUCGGCCAACUCCCUCUCCUUGCUGGAUGAGGAGCUUCUGUGCUUGGGCUUGAAUGACCCUGCCCCUACAGCAGUGAAGGAGACAUCAGAAAACAACCAGUGGAGCAUGUUUGAGAAUGAUCAGUUGGACCUGGAUUUCUUUAAUCCGAAGAUGGUGACUGUUGCUUGCAACCCUGCAGGGAACCCUCUUCUCCAUCACACAUCACAGACCACGUGUGGAACGUCAGUGACGCUGCCCUCUGCUUUCACAGCCUCUCAGGCUGUUCCCGGCAUCCCAGCACCAAACUCAGCUCCAUUUGUGUUCUCUGCUGGACCAGCUGCCCCUGCGGGGCCUCCUAAGACUAUUCCAGCUGCUCCUGGGUUCUUUAGCUCAUCUGUGGGGAGCAAUAUGUCACAUAAGAUGGAUGCAUUGGGGCAACUCCUUGAAGAAGCCAAAGGGACUGCCACCCAAGGCAUGGUGACGCCCUCAGUGUUCCCUGGGGUUACUUUGCCAACCACUGUCACCUCUGCCCCGUUAAUAGCACCUGCAGGGCUGCCAGCCACUGCCCCUGGAGCCCCUCCAGUUCCUUUCCCAAGCAGCUGCACUGCUGGCUCGGGAAGUCCUCUCUUCCAGCCAGCAUCAUGCCAGCAGCAAGGCAGUCCGAUGAAAGCACCUGAAAUUUCUUUGGCCAAUGUCCAUGUUCCCCUGGAAUCCAUUAAACCCAGCAGUGCCCUCCCAGUGACAGCCUACGACAAGAACGGCUUCCGGAUCCUCUUGCACUUUGCCAGGGAGUGCCCACCAGGAAGAUCGGAUGUGCUCGUCGUGGUGGUCUCGAUGCUGAAUACGGCACCACUUCCCGUGAAGAACAUCGUGCUGCAGGCUGCUGUGCCAAAGUCCAUGAAAGUGAAGUUACAACCACCCUCUGGCACAGAGCUGUCUCCGUUCAAUCCCAUCCAGCCACCUGCUGCCAUCACCCAAGUCAUGCUUCUGGCAAAUCCUACGAAGGAGAAAGUGAGGCUGAGAUACAGACUGACCUUCACACUGGGAGACCAGCCCAGCACAGAGGUUGGUGAAGUGGAUCAAUUUCCCCCAGUAGAGCAGUGGGGGAAUCUAUGACCUCAGGACACUGCCAGAGACUCUGUGACAGGACCAGGAGAGGAUCCCACAGGACUGGAAUGAAUGUGACGUGGGGAGGGACACACAUGCUAUCCACUGGUGAUGUUCAGCUUUGUUUACAUGUCCUGACCACUCUGCUUGUAGCUUUAGUCCAGAAUGUUUUGCCCCACGUUGCAGGGGUCCUGGGACAUUUAUGCCAAGCAUGAACUGAGUGGCAGCCAGUAACAGGCAGUGCUGGCUGCUUUUACCUUGACCUCUGGGUGAAUCUGGUUCUCUCUUCCACUCUAUUAAACUUGAAGUUAUUGUAUUUUGAGGGGAGACCUCUCAGCAGAAGGGGAUUUAGUUGGCUUGUUCCUGUACUGCUGUCCAGAGAUACCUGCAGGCUGGUGGGGUAAUGAUGCCACCGUGAGCUUCGUCAGUGCAGAGCCCUUACACACACGCCCUCCCUCAGACUUUUACCUCCUCAGCGCCAGACAGGACCUGCUAAGCAUGUUGAGCAAUAAUGCUGGCUCCGUGAGGGAAUGCUUAUUUUUUUACACUGAAAAGGCACUUAGCUCCCUUCCUUCCUUCCACUGCUUCGUUCCCAACGGCCCGUGUAAGCAGCCCUCGCUCUGCUGUGUGACACUGCUGUAUCUUUAGUUAUAUUUAUUUCAUAUUCCCAGCUGCCUCCCUGUUGUAUCCGUUUGGGGCAGCUGGGGCUGAGUUUUGUAUGCAAAUGGUUACACUGGUUAUUUUUCUGCCUUCAUUGCAUUCCGUAGUGUGGGAAAACCAGGAAACGUGUGGUGAGGAGGUAAAUGGGGCUGGAAAGGAGCGGUCAGUAUUGGUGGAGGACAGCACCUGGAGUGCAGAAGCGUCUCAGCAAUCACUGCUGAGGUGCAGUGAGUGAAUCCAGGGAUAAGGAGAGAUGCGUCUCCCAUCCCCUCGUGCCGGCAGUGUUA